CGAUUAAAAUUUUACUACAAAUAACAAAAGUUACAAUAAAAAUUUCAAUCGGGAUAAGAUAUUCUAGAAAGAGCAGCCGUCUCUCCUUUCUGGCUCCACCUACUGAAAUCAAAUGGCCGCGGCUGACCCACCACUUACGGCGGUGCGCUUCGGGAUCAUCGGCUGCGCCAACAUAGCACGCAAGGUUUCACGAGCAAUUCUCCUCUCUCCCAACUCCACCAUCGUCGCUAUAGGCAGCCGCUCCCUGGAGAAAGCCGCCGCCUUCGCCAAGAACAACGGCUUCCCGGCCUCGGCCAAGGCGUACGGAUCCUACGACGCCGUUCUGGAGGACCCGGACGUGGACGCCGUCUACAUUCCGCUGCCGACGAGCCUCCACCUCCACUGGGCCGUUCUGGCGGCUCGGAAGAAGAAGCAUGUUCUGCUGGAGAAGCCGGUGGCGCUGAACGUGGGGGAGCUGGAUGAAAUCCUGGCGGCGUGUGAAUCCAGUGGGGUACAGUACAUGGACGCUACCAUGUGGAUGCACCAUCCCCGGACGGCUGAGAUGAAGGGUUUUCUCGCCGAUGAGCGACGGUUCGGGCAACUGAAAGCGGUACACAGCAUUUUCUCGUACAAUUCUGGUGCUGAUUUUCUUAAAACCGAUAUUCGUGUGAAGCCAGACCUUGAUGCGCUAGGUGCGUUAGGCGACACUGGCUGGUACUGUAUCCGGGCAAUUUUAUGGGCUGCCGACUAUCAACUACCAAAAACUGUGACUGCUUUGAGGGAUGCUGAAUUCAAUGAGGCGGGCGUUAUCCUGUCGUGUGGUGCUUCCUUGCAGUUUGAGGAUGGCAAAAUCGCAACAUUCUAUUGUUCGUUUCUGAGCAAUUUAACCAUGGAAAUCAGCGUUCUUGGAGCUAAUGGAUACUUGCGUGUCCACGACUUUGUAAUCCCUUUCCAAGAGAGCGUAGGGCCGUUUUAUGUGAAUGCAAAUACGAAAUUCGCUGAGCUAUCAAUUGGGAUCGAGCCUUCACCAACUGAGCACCUUGUCAAGACCGAUCUCCCCCAGGAAGCUCGUAUGGUGAAGGAGUUCUCAUCUUUAGUGAGGAAGAUAACAGAUCAUGGUUCAGAAACUGAGAAGAAAUGGCCAACAAUUAGCAGGAAAACUCAAAUGGUGGUGGAUGCUGUUAAGGCGUCGAUCGACAAGGAUUUUCAGCCCAUCCACGUUGUGUAUUAGUAGUUAACAUCGUAUUUCUUGCAUGUUGAGCUUGUGCAGUGACGAUGAGAAGGACACAUUGGUAAGGAUGUGAAGCUCUGUGUGUUUGUUAUGCAUGAACGUAAGAAUCGAGAAUAAAGGAAAAGGUGACCUUUAACGUUCAUUUACAGUCCACUGGUGGAGUAAUAUGUUUAUUUGCUGUCCCAGAAUGCAUUGAACAUGUAAGAAUUUGAAAUCGUUGUGUAGUGGCUGCUUUCUGGUAAAUCUUGAAUUUUGAAGA